AUGUCCGGAGCUCUAAGAAACCUCGCCGCAAGGCAAUACCAGCGCGCCCUCGGCGAAUGGCCCCGCGACGCCCUGCGCCCCGAAUGCCAGCUCCAAGACGUCCUCUCCAAGCGUCUGCAGAAGAACAACGGCAGCCUGUUGCCCAAUACCACGGCGUUCAACAAGUUGUCGGGCAAGGCCAAGGAGGAGGCGGAGAUCAAGCAGGCUAAUGCGCUGAUUGGGUUGUUGGAGAAUAGGUUUAAGAAUAAGUAUCGCAUCACCGGCGAGAUUCUCAAGCCCAAGAGCAACCCCAAGUACUAUUCCGAUCUGGUCAAGGAGCUCGAGGAGGCGCCCAACAGAACCUUCUUCGGCAGGAUGGCCAAGAGACUGGGAGGUAUCAUUCGCUUCCAGUCGUAA